AUGGCAGUGCCCCUGGUGGACGACAGCAUUUGCGAAUUCAACGAUAAGAACGCAUUUCAAGAUGCUUUUAAAACCAUGUUAGAUUUUCGUCGAGAAGCAAUAUUCAGUGAUGUUAUAAUCUGCUCUGAUGACAACAAAGAGUUCAAUUGUCAUAAACUGAUUUUGGCGUCAGCAUCUCCAUACUUUCGCGCGAUGUUUUUGGCUGACAUGAAAGAAAGCCAACAACCGCGCAUCAAGAUUAAGGGUCUGGACUCGAGCGCUCUGGAGCAACUUCUGGAGUUUUGUUACACCGCUACGGUGACAAUCACUUCAGAGAAUGUUCAACAGUUACUCAUUGCAAGCGGGAUGUUACAGUUUCCAAAAAUCCAAGAUUCUUGCAUGGAAUUCCUGCUGAAUAACCUACACGAAUCAAAUUGCAUAGGAAUAUGGAAGUUAGCGGAGGUGAUACAACGAAAUCAGAAAACGUUAGAGAAACUCGAAACGUACAUAAAAACGAACUUUUCUUUUGUUGCAAAACAUGAGGAGUUUCUAGAUUUGACUGCCGAACAGCUUUUGAAGUUCUUAAAAAGCGAUAAUCUGAAUAUUUCCACGGAAAAUGAUCUGUCUACUGCAAUAAUUCGCUGGGUGAGGCUCGAUCCGCAAGAACGUAGUGCUCAUUUGGAAGAUUUAAUGAAACACGUUCGUUUUUCACAAAUUACGCGACGCCAUUUGACAGAUGUGAUUUUAAACGAAGAGCUGAUCCUGGACAAUAUGUUUUGCCGUCAGUUGAUCUUCGACGCAAUUCGGUAUCAUCUCGUCCCUGAGACUCGGAACGGUUCGGUGAGUGCCGUCGAUGGCCGGCAAAGAGAAAGAGUUACGAGGUUCAUAUAUUUACUAGGAGGAGAAGGUAAGACAUUUUUACGAAACAAUCCAGUUACUUAUGCAGUCACUUCUUUCCUGUGUGUAAUUCAUUGAUAAAACAAUCCAGUUACUUAUGCAGUCACUUCUUUCCUGUGUGUAAUUCAUUGAUAAAACAAUCCAGUUACUUAUGCAGUCACUUCUUUCCUGUGUGUUCAUUGAGUUUGGGGUCUUUAAAUUAGGUAUCGACCAUACCCAGUUUCUUUUGCCCAAAAUCGUGCAAACCGGCAAAUUAUCAAUCAUCCAUUCAUACCAAAAAUCGGGCCAUUACCCAGUUAAUUUACGAUUCUGUUUUACAGAAUGUGGGAGUAUUGUGAACAACGUGGAGUGCUAUGAUUGCAGUUCAGGAGUCUGGCACGAGCUCACUCCUAUGAUCAUACCAAGAAAGUUUGUUGGGUCUGCAAUACUUGAUGACCAGCUGUAUGCUGUUGGAGGAAUCAAUGAUCAGUAUGGUGAUCUGGUAACAGUCGAAGCGUGUAACCUCUCAACUAAUCAGUGGACGUCCUUGGCUUCGCUUCAAGAAUGCAAAGGUGACCUGCCACACUUUUGUGCACGAUUGACUCUCACUAGAUAUGCAAGCAUUAGUAGUAUAUUGAGUAGUAUAUUAAAUAGUAGUAUAUUAAUGAGUAGUAUAUUAAUGAGUAGUAUAUUAAUGAGUAGUAUAUUAAUGAGUAGUAUAUUAAUGAGUAGUAUAUUAAUGAGUAGUAUAUUAAUAAGUAGUAUAUUAAUGAGUAGUAUAUUAAUGAGUAGUAUAUUAAUGAGUAGUGUAUUAAUUAGUAUAUUAAUUAGUAGUAUAUUAAUUAGUAGUAUAUUAAUAAUUAGUAGUAUAUUAAUAAGUAGUAUAGUAAUAGUAAUGAGUAGUAUAUCAAUGAGUAGUAUAUUAAUAGAUUCACCAAAGUGGAGAUCCUUGCACUAUCCACUGACACCAAAGAGGAACUAAACGGGAAAACAUUUUGUUUUUGUCCGGAGGUGAAUAGUGUAAGGAUAUCCGCGCGGAGCUGAGAAACCAAAUUGCGCAAAAAGCCCCAUCCACCUUCCGAGUGUAUGCUAAUAAUUUAUAUUCAUUUCACUUCAGGCUCAACGGCGAUCGCAGUUCUUGACGGCUGGCUCUACGCAGCUGGAGGCUCAGACAAUGGCGUCGCUAUCAAAACUGCCGAACGUUACGACUCACUUGCGAACACCUGGCUUCCAGUCCCCAACAUGAAUUUACCGAGAAGCCACUUUUGUCUUCAACCCCUAGGCGGGAAGCUUUACGCCAUUGGCGGAUACUGUGGCACGUGCGCUAUACCACAUGUGGAAUAUUUUGACCCCCUUGCGAACACGUGGACGGAAAUUGCAUCGAUGAACAAACCGCGCAUGAACCACGGUUCCGCAAAUUAUGCUGAUAAGGUCUACGUAGUUGGUGGCGCAAAUAGUUAUGGAGUGUUGAAUUCGGUCGAAGUUCUCGACCCGGAACAGAACCAUUGGUGUUUCAUUCGUAAUCGUUUCAACCCGAGAAGCGGACUUAGUCUAGGGAUAGUCAAGACAGGACAGGAUAACGAGAGUUGUUUAUGGAUUCUAGGUGGCCAUGAUCAUAAGAAUAGGGACUUUAGUACGGCCCUGAAGUUAAGGGUAUCUGAUCUAAGUUUUCAAGGCGAGAUAUCGUUACCAAGAACCUGUGUGUUUGCAGGACAUGCAUCAGUGUAA